GGCAAAGCCAAAAUAAAAAACCCUUCGGAAAGAAUGAGAGAGAGAAUCCCCUUUCUAUCCCGAUUCCCGAAUCUCAAUCAAUCCCCAUACCCUAAAUCAAACAUGCACACUUUCCAGAUCUAACCCUCCCCAAUGCCGACCACAACCACCGCCACCUACGGCGCCAUCGGAUCCCCUUCCACCGCCACAUACCAACCCCCACAAACCUCCAAUCUAACCCCAACUCCCCGCUCAUGGCGCGACUUUCUCGACAUCUCCGCCCUCUCCCGUCCCCUCUCCUACGACGACGCAAUGCUCCGUCUCCGCCAAAAUCUCACCUACUUCCAGUUCAACUACGCCUCCGUAAUGCUACUAAUCGUCUUCCUCAGCCUCCUCUGGCACCCAGUAUCCAUGAUUGUUUUCUUGAUCAUCCUCGUCGCGUGGUUCUUUCUUUACUUCUCACGUAAUGGUCCCCUUGUUGUCUUCAACCAAACGUUGGAUGAUCGGAUUGUGCUUUGCGUUUUGGGUCUCGUUUCUGUGAUUGGGCUUGUGUUGACUCACGUUGGGCUCAAUGUGCUGUUGUCGUUGAUAGUUGGUGUUGUUGUUGCGGGUUUGCAUGCGUCUUUUCGGGUUAUCGAGGAUUUGUAUGUUGAUGAGGAAAGUAGCUUGCUUUCUGUUGUUGGAGGAACUCAACCCCCUCCUACAAGAACGAAUUACACACGGAUUUAAUGAAGAGAGUGUUUUCAGUUUCACGGUUAGUUUCAGUUUCUCUGCUUUGAAAGCUUUGAAGGAUUGCAUUGUCUAGUUAAUGGUUCUGUUAAGAAGGGAAUGUUGAGUUCGAAACUGAGUUGGUCAUUGCAAUGAUGAAUUGAUUAAGUGUGUUGAUUUGUUUUUGGUAGUCAGUGACUCUUUUGUAUUGAAAAAAUUUGAGCUGUUGAUGUCACUUAGUUUAUCCUGUUCGGAUGAGAUUGUAACAAUCUUCGUGUGUAUCAAAAGAAUUGAUCGAAUUGAAAUGGAAUUAGGUUUGUUUUUUU